AUGGUUGCCCGUAAAAACCUAGGGAUUGCUGAGCGUGAAACUUUAAUAGCCCAGGCAGUAUUAGACGUCAAAUCUGGGAAGUACAAGAGCGCAUAUCACGCUGAGAAAGUGCUGGGGUUGCCUAAGAGUUCUGUAACGCGUCGGGUUAACGGAGGUUUGACAACGUUCCCUAACUCGCUAGCACAGCAGAAUUUAUCAGGCGCGCAAGAGAAGAUACUUCUAAAAUGCACAACCUUACGUACUGCGAAUGCGCUCCUUACAACUACAAUUAAUGGUAGUGGGGGGCCGUCAACACCGGUGUGGGCAUACAUCCAAAAACUCACAGUUGCGUCAGAGCAACUUCAAACAAGUAUUGUCUACCAACUUGAUGCUAGCAACUUGAGAUUAGUCAUGAAGCGAUGUGCAGUACGUACGAAAGGGAAAAGGGUUAUUCUAAAGGGUCACUUUCAUGUUUCUACGCAAGAAUUAUGUGAUGUGGUAGUAGAGGUGGAAAAAGCCACACAAAACCUAAGCAAGAAAAAGCGCAAAACAAAGGACAAGCGCGUGUCCUCGGAUGAUGAAAUUGACGAGUAUAUUAAAGAAGAAGCAGGGGAACAAUCUGAGAGCGACAGCGGGUCAUGGGACGCUCUAGGCGUUAGAUUGUAG